AUGAAGUUCCUACUUGCUUCGAUUCUGUCCGCCAGUGCUCUGGUCUCCGCCUUCCCCAUGGCCGAGCCAGAGUCGCUCUUUGAGGAGCGCCAGGCUUCUGAGAGCAUCAACGCCGCCAUGGUGGCCAAGGGCAGGAAGUACUUUGGCACCUGCACUGACCCGAACCGUUUCAAUACGGGUUCCAAUGGCGCCAUUAUCAAGGCCAACUUCGGCCAAAUCACUCCGGAGAACAGCAUGAAGUGGGACGCCACGGAAUCGUCGAAGGGUAGCUUCAGCUUCGGCACUGCCGACCAGACGGCCAACUUCGCUAAGACCAAUAACCUCCUCCUCCGUGGCCACACGACCGUCUGGCACUCUCAGCUCCCUGGUUGGGUCUCAUCGAUCCGCGACAAAGCCACGCUGACCUCGGCCAUGCAAAACCACAUCAACACUCUCAUGGGCCGCUACAAGGGUCAGGUCUACGCGUGGGAUGUCAUCAACGAGAUGUUCAACGAGGACGGCAGUUUCCGCUCCUCCGUCUUCUACAAUGUCCUCGGCCAGGACUUCGUCAGGAUCGCCUUCGAGACUGCGCGUGCCGCGGACCCGGAUGCGAAGCUGUACAUCAACGACUACAACCUUGACCAAGCCAGCUACGCCAAGACUCAGGGCAUGAUCAAGAACGUCAAGUCGUGGAUCUCGGCCGGCAUCCCGAUUGAUGGUAUUGGCUCGCAAGGCCACUUGACCUCCGGUCAGGGUGCUAACGCUCCCGCUGCCAUGGCCGCUCUGUGUGCUGCAGCUCCCGAGUGCGCCUUGACCGAGGUCGACAUCCAGAACGCCUCGACUGCCGACUGGACCAACGUGGUCAAGGCAUGCAUGCAGGCGAAGAACUGCGUUGGUAUCACCGUCUGGGGUGUUCGUGAUAGCGACUCCUGGAGGCCUUCCGGCAAUCCGCUGCUGUUCGACUCCAGCUACAAGCCGAAGGCGGCUUACGACACCGUCCUCGCUGCCAUCAACGCGUCUUAG